AUGAGUGACUUUCCUUUGAUAAUAGAUCCAGCUGAUAAAAUUGUAUUUGCUUCAAAAUCUCUUGGGGAUCAGGCUUGUUUAAUAACAGUAAAUCUUAAAAAUAAUUCAAAAGAAAUUCAGGCAUGUAAAAUAAAAUGUACUAAUAAUGAAAUGUUUAAAAUUAGACCUCCAGUUGUAACAAUAAAACCAGAAGCAUCCCAAAAAAUUUCUAUUACAUUUAAUCCAAAAAAGUGA